AUGGGAAAACAGUUUCAAUCAUUUUUCCUUAUCUCUUUGAUUCUGGUUAUGGUAUCACUCCCCACCUUACAAGGUUUAAGGAGAAUACUCCAGACUAUGCCGCCUGCACCUGGGCCAUCCCCCGUGGGCGCCCCUACUGUAUCUCCAUCGCCCGGGCCAUCAGCCCCUAGUUCGUCUCCGUUGCCAGGACCUACACCAGAACCAUCCCCAUCCCCAUCACAGCAGCCUCCAGCUCCUCCGACUAGCGGAGGUGGUGGGAGUAGUGGCGGCGGCGGCAGUGGCAGUGGUAGUCAAGGUAGUAGCGGUGGGUCUUCUCGACUGAGCGGGGGACAGAAGGCUGGUAUAGUUAUUGGAGUUUUGGCCGGUGCAGGUUUGAUCGCGUUUGCAACGCUUGUGUACAUCAAACGUCGUAGCAAUAUCCGGAGAGCCCGUUUUGGUGUAUUAGCUCGAAGAUCUCAACUCUAA